UUCAAUCUAAAUAGACUGAUGGAAAGCCAUACAGAACCAAAACGUUAUAAAUGUGGUAAAAUGUUUAAUUCCCCUCGCUAUAUUCAUAUACAUGACAGAAGUCAUUCGGGGGAGAGGUCGUAUAUAUGUAGAGAAUGUGGCAAAGCUUUUAGAGUGUCCUCAUCUCUUUAUCGCCAUCAUAAAAUUCAUACUGGAGAGAAGCCUCAUAAAUGCAAAGAAUGUGGCAAAGCCUUUGGGUGCUCUUCAUACCUUAAUCGCCAUCAUAAAAUUCAUGCUGGAGAGAAGCUUCAUAAAUGCAAAGAAUGUGGCAAAACCUUUGGGAGCUCUUCAUACCUUAAUCGCCAUCAGAAAAUUCAUACUGGAGAGAAGCCUUAUAAAUGCAAAGAAUGUGGCAAAGCCUUUGGGUAUGCCUCAAGCCUUACUAAUCAUCAGAGAAUUCAUACUGGAGAGAAGCCUUAUCGUUGUAAUGAAUGUGGCAAAGCCUUUAGAAGCUCCUCAAAUGUAAUUGUACAUCAGAGAAUUCAUAGUGGAGAGAAGCCUUAUUGUUGUACUGAAUGUGGCAAAACCUUUAAAAUGUCCUCAAAUGUAAUUGUACAUCAGAGAAUUCAUAGUGGAGAGAAGCCUUAUCGUUGUAUUGAAUGUGGCAAAGCCUUUAACCGGUCUUCCAUCCUUAUUACACAUCAGAGAAUUCAUAGUGGAGAAAAGCCUUAUCGUUGUAUUGAAUGUGGCAAAGCCUUUACCCAGUCCUCAGUCCUUACUGCACAUCAGAGAAUUCAUCGUGGAGAGAAGCCUUAUCGUUGUAUUGAAUGUGGCAAAGCCUUUACCCAGUCUUCCAUCCUUACUACACAUCAGAGAAUUCAUACUGGAGAGAAGCCUUAUCGUUGUAUUGAAUGUGGCAAAGCCUUUACCCAGUCCUCAGUCCUUACUGCACAUCAGAGAAUUCAUCGUGGAGAGUAGCCUUAUUGUUGUAUUGAAUGUGGCAAAGCCUUUACCCGGUCCUCAGUCCUUACUGCACAUCAGAGAAUUUAUCAUGGACUGAAGCCUUCUGAAUGUAGAUAAUGUGCUAGAGCCUUUAACGAGUGUUCAAAAGGUAUGGGACAUUAGAAAAGUUCAUACUGGAGAUAAAUCUUAUAGAUGUAAAGAGUGUGGUAAAGUGUUCUACCAGCACACAAAAUUUAUACUGGAGAGAAGCCUUAGGAAUGUGUAAAAUUUAGCAAAUUCUUUAUACGCCAUUCAUGUGUCACUGUAUAUGAGAGAGUUCAUAGUGGGGAGAAACUUUACAGAUGUCAGAAUGUGCUAAAGCCUCUCAUUGGCAGUGGAAUCCUACUAGACAUGAGAUUCUUCAUUCUAGAGAGAAAUCUUACAAGUGGCGAAAAUGUAGCAACGCCCUAUCAGCCCCUGAGAAGUUGCUGAACAUCAGAGAAUUCACUGUGAUGCACACAUUACAAAUGUACAGAAUGUGGCAAAACCUUUCAUCACUCUUCAUAAUUUACUCAUUUUUACAUCAUUCCUAGUGGAGAAAUACCGUACAAACUUAAGUAUUUUGGAAAAACCUUGUUUUUGCAUUCAUACCUUACUAAUCAUCAAAUAUCUCAUUCUGGACAGAAGCCUUAGAAAUGUGGACAAUGUGGCUAAACUUUUGUG